GCCAAGCUUGUCCUACAAUAUUGCCCUCUAUUUGGAAUCUUUGUCAUCUCUGCUUGUGCUUAUACUUGUAAUUGUCUUGUUUGUUUGUCGAGAAUAUGCUGCUUUGUUGUUCAUUUUGAACAACAACAACACAGUCAUUUGGGAGGGUGGUGUGUACCGAGCCUUACCCCUACUAGUAAUCAAAUAUUCAACCUAGUGUUUUCUAUUUAGAUGUCAAUUGGAAAUUCUUUUAAUUGCCGAUUAGACAUAUCCCACCAUAUUCCAUAUCUGAACACUGGUUUAAUUUCCAAACCAGCAAAUAGUGCUUGUGAUCUUUUCCUUCUAUAAUAAAAAUUGUCGUAUAUGGAAAGAGUUGUCUUUAAACAAGUAAUCUAGCUAAGUGUCCUAAGCUGACUGUUCUGUUCUUAUUGAAGUUAGGAUUCUUUCUAAAAUUUGUUUUUCCAUUAGAUCUUAUCUCAAAUAAAAAAAUGUCAUAGAGUCCAAAUCUCUCUUCACAUUCGUUGUAGUUCCCAUUUUUUUUACACUGACAAUUAUCACCUGUUAAUGUUAUUUCCAUCUUACUUCUGAAAAAAGUUGGAAUACUGGACAAAUAAACAUGUAAAAACAACUGAAAUGGAAGGAUGAAUAAUAUAUUGAAACAACACUCUGAAUUACUGUUUGGCGACGUGAGAGAUAUGGUAGAAAAGAUUUGCUCUAGUGAUAAUGAGAGUCACUUAUGCUUGCAUCGCAUAGUAGCGGCGAGUUGUCUCAGUGUGACCUAUAUAUGUUACUGGUUUGAGCCCUAGAAUCAACCACUCAUGCUUGCAUCAAGGUAGGUUAUCCACAUUACAUCUCCUUGGGAUGCGUCCAUUUCAUGGAUGACAGACCUUUCAAUGUCAGAUAUUCCGCGCACCAGGUGCGUUUGUUAGUUGGUGUCAAAUGAAGUAUUCAAUUUUUCAGAAUUAGCUGAGAAUAUAUUUUUGCAAAUGUUAGUUUUGAAAUAACAUUUGAUCUUAACUAGCUUGGGAUUGAAUAGUUGUAGUAUAGUUGAUUGAAAUAGAACCAUUUUUGUCUUUUUAGACUUUUUAAUAAUUUUAUUGAUCAUGUGAGAGAGACUUGUGGUUACAUAAUGUCCUUUUGUUGAAUAUUCUGGUCUUUCAAAUUCUGUAGUAGCUUGGUGCCAGAACUCUGUGGUCAUAUAUCAGAUUCAUGAGUCAAAGUUCAUACAAAUAAUCUCUCUUUCUUUGUCAAUUGGCUUAUUUAGGUCUGUUUGCUUUAUUUUACUUUUGCACAUCUUGCUAAAUUAUAUGGGAAGGGUUUGUGUGGUUCAGGGACUAAAUAUAGAACUUAAUGAUGUUCUUUAGUGUAAGGAAUCUUCAUGCCCUUUGGCUAUUGACGCAUGAAGUGGUGAAGCCAGUAGUUUUGUUUGAGAUAAGAAGGGAUAGGGCUCAGGAUUUGAUUUAAGCUAAUCACUUCUUGAGGGCAGAGCUGUGCUCGGUCUAUCAUGUUGUCCUUGAAGGAUUUUACGGACUGCACUUUUUGUAGGCUGUUCUAGUUCUGUCUGCCCCUUCGUGGCUUUGAUCGUGAAUGAUUAUGAUUCAUGACAUUUUCUGGUAAUAGAUGGUUGACAUGGGAAGAUCUACUAGUCUAGCCUUUAUGGAUUCUGUGUGAAGAUGCAAUUUGGAUUCACUAUUGAACAGUUGAAGUGCUAGUGAAAUAGUGGAAGUUAGGAAUUAUCUAAUUCUAGAACCAAUCUGUUUUCUUCAAACAAAGUUUUGGAACUUCGCUUAAGAUAAAUAGCUAGCUGAAGUUGGUUCUAAUGCCAAGUGUUGAAUCUAGAAUUUGCUGAGUGUUGAAUCUAAUCACUGUCUUGAGGAAAUGAGAAUUAGCCUUGUUGUUCCGGCUGAACUCCCCCAUGCCUCUCAGCUUGCUUCUCCUUUGUAAUCCUUUCAUGUGAAGUUUUUAAACCAAGUUUUCUUCCUUGUGGAGAAGGUAACUGAUGACUUUGAAUCCUUGAUUCUUCAUCUUAGUUUUGUUUAGUGCAUCUCCUGGCCAGGGUCAAAUUUGGGCUAGUGGUGAAGUGUCUACUAUCCUUGACAUUUAAACGGCAGUGUUUGAAUUCAUUUACUGUUCAAGUUCUCCCAGGAAGUAUAGAAUUGAGUUAAUAAUUGGACUGAUUUAUAUUACGAGUGAUUCGAGAUAGUAUGGUGCUUAACCAGAGAGCUUUUCUUCCCUGUGUUUGUUUUUCCUCGAGAUUCAAAAACUGGAAGGGAGGUGAAGCGUAAGCUCUUACGUCUGUGUGUUAAUGUUUGACUAUACAUUAUCUUUUACUGUAUAGUUAAUAUGUAACUUGGGUUUAAUCAAGGCAUUCCACAUUAAAAACCUACUAAAACAUACAAUGUGUUGUAUUGGUUUAUUUUCACUUUUUUGAUCCCCAAUAGAAUCAUUGACUGUAACAGUAUAUGGUUUUGCAAAUGCUUAAUGGUAAAACUUUUGAUUGAAUGGUUUGUAGUGAUUAUUCCCUUUGAAAAUACUAGUGCGACCAGUAUUGUGUCUUCUUUUGCUUUGCAUCGUACCCAAAAGUUAACCCAUAUUUGCAGGAGGAGGAAUCAGAAUCACAUGUGCUCUUCAAUACUUUUUCAUAAACAAUUACAGCUUUCAACUAGUUAACAACUGCUUAUUGUGGACGAUAUAAGCGUCCACUUUGCUUUUCCUUUUUCAAUUUUUUGGGCUGACAGUGAAAAGAUCUUAGUUUAUAUUUUUUUUAUUAUUGAUUUCUAUCUUUGGCCUAUGUAAUCUGUUUUUCCAAUUUUUGCUCAUUUUAGGUAAUAUAUAACAACCAUAAUUUUAAGUAUGUAUGUUUUUAAAAUCCCCCACCCCAUUUUUUUAAACUUCUAUAAUUGAAAUAGUGUAGUAACAUAUUUUUAAAUUGAAGAGAGUAUCAACUGUCAAACUCUUCUCCAUUUCGAUUUUGAUCUUUGGGACAUAAUUACAGAAAGCGUGAAAACAUAUUAGAAAUAAUACUAGUCUACUCCCUCAGAUCCAGUUUGUUUGUUUUUUUAAUUUCAAACUUUUUAAAUGUUAAAAAAAAAAGAUUAAAUGAAUAUUUGAUAUAUUCUAAAUUCCAAAUAUUAUUUAAUGUAACAUAGCAAUUCUUGUCUAGUUAUAACAUACUAUAUUUUCUUAAAAUCAAAAGAAUAAAUUGAAGCAGAAUAAAAAAAACGAUAUGAAUCUUUGCGGCUGAUGUUCAGUUCAGUGGUUUCAACUUGACCUUUUCAUAAUGACGGGUCCCACCAAGUGGCGGGUCCCAUAGCUAUCUUCCGAAGGCCCAUAGGGCCGUUGGAUUUAACCGUCAUUAAACUCCCGACCUUCCCCAUACCCAAAAGUCCCUCCUUCCCUUAAUUCUCUUUAAAGUUUCUAAUUACCAUUCUAUUUAAAUCCUCCUUCAAUACACAUCCUCCUUAGUACAAAUAUUUUUACUAAUUACCUCUCUUCCCUUUAAUUUAUUACAACCCAUUUUCAGCGGAGCCGACCACACUCUGGCGGUGUUGGUUGUCUUCCCCUUUAACGUCGGUUCUAAGUUUUCCCUAUAAAUAAAUAUCGGACAUUUAAAAACUUUAGAUUCAACAUUUUACUACUUCUCCACAUUGCCAAAUAUAUUCUUUCUCAUUCUCUUCAAAUAAAAUAGAAUGGAGAAAGCUCAAGUUUUCCUUCUUCCCCUCCUUGCUUUAUGUUUCGUGUUCCUAAUUUCAGGGGUGUCAUCAGCAACAUUUACAUUAGUAAACCAGUGCAGUUAUACAGUAUGGCCGGGGAUAUUAUCUGGGGCUGGAACAUCCCCGGUUUCUACUACUGGAUUUCAGCUGAAUCCAGGACAGGCCAUUCCCGUUUCUGUUCCGGCGGGUUGGUCAGGUCGUUUAUGGGGUCGCUCUUUUUGCUCCCAAGAUUCGGCAACGGGUAAAUUCACUUGCGUAACAGGUGAUUGCGGCUCCGGAACAUUAGAGUGCACCGGCGGAGCUGCUCCGCCGGCGACUUUGGCGGAGUUCACACUCAACGGAGCCGAUGGGCUUGACUUCUACGACGUUAGUUUAGUGGAUGGUUAUAACUUGCCCAUGUUAAUAACCCCACAAGGUGGAACCGGUUCCGGAAACUGUUCUGCAACUGGGUGUGUUGUUGAUCUGAAUGGGCCAUGUCCGUCGGAGCUAAAGCUUGUGAGUACCGGCAGUGGCGAUGAGUGCGUGGCGUGCAAAAGCGCGUGUGAAGCGUUUGGGGAUCCAAGAUAUUGUUGCAGUGGAGCCUAUGCUACGCCUGAUACGUGCAAGCCAACUGAUUACUCAGAAUUCUUCAAGAAUUCAUGCCCGCGCGCAUACAGCUAUGCGUAUGAUGAUGGAACCAGCACCUUCACUUGUGCUUCUGCAGAUUAUGUCAUAACAUUUUGUCCUGCUCCUUCAACUAGUCAGAAAUCAUCUGGAGGACAAUACCCUGGUGGUGGCAGUAACGUUUCGUUGAUCAGUAGCUGUGGCGUUUUAUCCUAUGGUCCAUUACCAAGCUUGAUGAUCACCAUUUUAGCAGUUAUAUUUUUGAUCUAUAAGAACUGAAGUGGGUCAAGUCACUCGACAGUUUUUUGGCCUCAAGCAGAAAAUAUACCAACUUUUGCAUGUGAACUCAAUUGACCAAAGUCGGCCAAUUUUUUGGACACUUUCAAGAAUUGGUAUCCAUGUGGCGUGGGAAUCUCUGUUUUCUUGUUUUUUUGCUUAAAAAGGCUGCAUGAAGAGAGAGCACUAUAGGAAAAAAAGAAAACAACAAGUGAACUAAUUAAAGAGGGUUGGUUGAGAUUAUAUUUUAGCAGGUUUUUGUAAAUAAAUAAUAUUGAAGUGUAGACAAGUUUUAGGGCAUGAGGCUUCGAUCAUUUUUAUAUGUCAAGUAAUGCCCUUACUGAUGUUGACAAUCUCAAGAGUUUUUAUGUGCAUAACUUGAUAUUAUUUUUUGGAGGGCCUAAAUUGACCACUGUAAUUUUAGUAACAGUAAUAACCUUUUAUCUUUAUAUAAUUGAUUGAAAUCUGAAUGCGCAUAUGUUAAUAGUGUAAGUUCUA